AUGACGAUCCCGGUUCCCUAUAGUUCCCUGGUGUCCAUCUUCGGAGUCUCCAGCAACCCAGGUGACAUCCCGGCAGACUCAGACUCUGUGCUCCUUCGGGCACCGGACCCGGAGCCACGGCCGGCCUUGAGCCAUGGAGGGGGCACAGGCGAGAUGUCGGUCCGGAGCUUCAGCGUGCCCUUAGCUGGAGACGCGGGUGGCACAGAAGGUGUCACUGCAGGUGCUGAGGAAGCAACGCCAGAUCCUGUGGAAGCGCACGACGAGGUUGUCCGUGCCUCCUCCGGCCUCAGGACCACCGACAGGCACGAGAAUUUGCAACAACUGGUGGAAGAGAAGGAUACAGUUGACGAGAUGUCGGCUCACCCGGAAGAUGGGGAGCACAGUGCUCGGGUGCCUUUGCGAGCUGCAGGGGGGACCAAUGCCAUCGCCGAGGAGGAGGUUGCCGAGUCCCGACCUGAUCCAGCGGGCCUCGCUCACAGAGACCGUGGCGACGUCAGCUGUCUCCAAAUAGAGGUUGGAUUAAGGUCGAGGGGGAAAUUUCAUUGCGCAGUAGUUUGCAGUAUCGGCAGAGCCGGUCAGGGUCAUAAGGAAGAUGAAGACGUCGAUGACGAUGAAUUGGCAGACCCCCAGGCCUCCUACGUCUUCCCAGAGCAGAAAUCGGGCGACUGUGGCGAGCAUUUUGCCGGGCAGGUGUUAUUUGUUUUCAUCAUGCUCGUCCACAUUGUCAACCUCCGAGAGGACGAACAGCUUGUGGUGCCGACCCUGUACGGCGAGUGGAUCAGGCCUUUUGUACUCUGCGGCCAGGAGCUGCGGCACGUUCUCGGACCUGGCCUCGUUUGGCGGCGCGAGAUGGAGGACUUCCGAUGUGGACGCAGUGCGACAGAAGUGUCCAAUCUGAGCUUGGUGGGGAAAACGCAAUACCAUCGGCUCGUCGACAGCCUGACGGGGGAGGAGCGCGUCGUUCGUGGGCCACUGGUUUAUGGCAUCGGACAGGCUUCCGAUACUUUAUCUCGAGAUCUUGCUUAUGUCAAGUUAAUCACAAACGCCGCGAAGCCGAGCAGCAUUUUCAAGCUUUUGUUCGUUUUCUUUGGGGCUGUCAAAGCCGCUCGAGUUGCCCAGCUGUCGCUACACCGCCACAGCCUGAUUUUUGUCUCAGAUGGGCAGAAAGCCAAGACAUUGCCUUUAGAACUUUAG